UCGGCCGGCAGCUCUGCCAGCCCCAGCCUGGCGGCCGCGGGGGCUGAGCCCGGCAGCGCGGGGAGCUCCGGGGCCGCGGCGUUCCCUGCCCGGGCCCCCGGCAUGGAGCCGGCGUUCCGGCACGCCAAGAGCAGAGCCUUCAUCUCCAGCGCGGAGCUCAGCAUGAAGCAGGGAGCCGCGGGUGCCCCCGAGGGCAGGUCCCGCUUCCAGAAGGUCUCGCUGGUGUCGCGGCGCCUGGAGAGCAGCGCCGGGAGCGCUCGGGGCCGGGACGGGAGCCCCUCCCGCGUGUCCCUGCUGUUGCAGGCCUGGGAGCGGGAGAUCGUGGAGAAGACGGGCUCCAGCUCCCCGACCCAGCGGGAGCACUCGCCCUCCCUCAGCCUCCUCAAGGACUUCACGGCGCACGGCCCCAUCUUCUCGCAGGUCUACGCCCCGGCGCAGCGGCCCCGGCGCCAGGACGAGCGGGGGAAGGGGGGUCCCGGCCGUGACGGCUCCCCCUCCCCGGCCGGAGCCCCCCGCGAGGUGCCCGUGCACAGGGAGAGCUACGUGCACGGCACGCUGCUGCCCACCCGCCCCGCGGGCGCUGAGAAGGACUCAGCACAAGCCGAGCCCACGCCGGUGAGGGCAAGUCCGGGAGCCGGUGACGGGCCCGGGGACCCGCAAACCAGUCAGACCAGCUCCCCGCAGUGGCCCUCGGCAGGCGCCGCUGGCCAGGCUGAUCCGGCUGGCGCGGGUGAGGGAAGCGUGGCAGACGUGGACGGCAGCCUUUCAGCCACGCCACCGAGGACACAGAGCCCCCCGGGAGCCGGCAGCACCCCCGAGAAACCCCCCUCAGAGGUGGGCGGUGGUCCAGAGCCUUCCUCCGAAACAGCAGCGUCAGAAAAGGCUGAGAUUGAGCUGGAGGGGGAUGAGACGGCGGGAGACCCCCAGGGCACAGCCCAAGAGCCUGAGAGCAUCCCAGAGCCACCCACCGAGCCCCCAGCCCCUCACCCCCCGGCUGAGAGCCCCCCGGACGCGGCCGAGGAGGACCCCGAGCUGCUGGUGGACAUGGAGAUCUUGGUGGACACUCUGCGCAACAUGGAGCCCUCGGAGAUGCGGAAGGCGGAAGAGGAGGAGAUCGAGAAUCCCUACCUGAGCCCCGAGGAGCGGGCGGCCAUGGGGACCCUGCGCGGGGAGCCCAGGGACAGCGCGGGGGGCCAGGCGUGGGUGGAGGGGGGCUCACUCCUGGGGACGCUGGGAGAUGAAAAAGCCAAACUGGUGGCCGGGGGCCCGGCUGAGCAGAGUGGGCUGUUCCGAGGGAACGUCCUCAAGGGCAUGGCGCUGCUCUCGCACUUUUUGGAGCAGCGGGCAGCUGGAGCUGAUGAGGGCAAGCCCUACUCCCGCCUGGACAACAGUGUCCUCUACAGCCGCUUCGUGUCCCCCAGCGCCGCCCUGCUCGAGCUGCCCGACGGCGACGGGGCCGCAGACUCACCCUGCCUCAGGGACCACAACGGGCUGGGCUCUGGUGGCCAUUCUGGCCCCGAGAUGGCCAUGCUGGAAGCUCUGAGUUCUGGCUCUGUCCCUCCCAUCACCGAGGAGCCAGAGAGCACCGUGACCCUGAGCCUGGACCGUGUCCUGCAGGAGGAUAAGGAGGGCUUGGAGAAGAUCAACACAAGACCUGGCAAGAUCAUCCUGUACUCCGACGCCGGCUUCGCGGGGCAGAAACGGGAGAUCUGGGACGAUGUCCCCGACGCCACGUCCUGGGAGCUGUCUCACACCAUCUCCAUCCGAGUCAUCCGAGGCGGGUGGGUGAUGUACGAGAAGCCGCGGUUCCGCGGGCGCAAGUGCGUCCUGGCCGAGGGGGACGUGGAGAUCGACAACCCCUGGGCGGCGUACGGGGACAGCAAGGGGGACAGCGAAGGGGACAGCGGGCAGCGCCGCGGCAGCCGCCCGUUCCGCAUCGGCUCCUUCAAGCGGGUGGUGCGGCGGGCGGAGCCCCGAACGCCGCUGUUGCCGCAGGAUUACCGCACCCCCGAGAUCAGCCUGUUCGCCCAGGAGAACGGCGAGGGCAUCAUCCUGUACUCCGACGCCGGCUUCGCGGGGCAGAAACGGGAGAUCUGGGACGAUGUCCCCGACGCCACGUCCUGGGAGCUGUCUCACACCAUCUCCAUCCGAGUCAUCCGAGGCGGGUGGGUGAUGUACGAGAAGCCGCGGUUCCGCGGGCGCAAGUGCGUCCUGGCCGAGGGGGACGUGGAGAUCGACAACCCCUGGGCGGCGUACGGGGACAGCAAGGGGGACAGCGAAGGGGACAGCGGGCAGCGCCGCGGCAGCCGCCCGUUCCGCAUCGGCUCCUUCAAGCGGGUGGUGCGGGAUUACCGCACCCCCGAGAUCAGCCUGUUCGCCCAGGAGAACGGCGAGGGCGCCCGGCUCCGGUUCAGCGGCUCGGCCGAGGACACCCGGCAGCGGGGACAGGCGCUGGCUGCCGCCUCCAUCAUCGUCCACUCGGGCCUGUGGCUGCUCUACUCCAAGCCUUUCUUUGAUGACGAUCCCUACGUGCUGGAGCCGGGCGGGUACCCCAGUUUAAAGGCUUGGGGAGCCAAGGACCCAUCCAUCUGCUCCAUGCAUCCCAUCAGGCUGGGCUGCCCCGUCGUGGAGAGACCUGGUGAGCCACAGGUGCUGAUCUAUGAGGCUGCAGCUUUCCAGGGCCGCAGCUUCCCCAUCAGCAGAGACAUUUAUGACCUGAAGCGUCUGCCCGAGCCAGCGCUGCCCACCGUGGGCUCCCUGCGUGUGCUGGGGGGCUGCUGGGUUGGCUACGAGAAGGAAGGUUUCCGUGGCCACCAGUACCUGCUGGAGGAAGGGGAGUACCAGGACUGGAGGCACUGGGGUGGCUACAGCGAGGAGCUGGUGUCCCUGCGGCUGAUCCGGACGGACUUCUCUGACCCAGCACUGGUCCUGUUUGAGGCCAUGGACUUUGAGGAGGGGCCGAGCGUGGAGCUGAGCGAGGCGCUGCCCGACACGCAGCUGGCUGGCUACGGCACUGUCACCCAGUCCAUCCACGUGCUGAGCGGAGUCUGGGUGGCCUACGAGGGCCCCAACUACUCCGGCGAGCAGUACAUCCUGGAGAAGGGGGUGUACCGCAGCUGCGAGGACUGGGGGGCCACCGACUGCCACAUCGCCUCAGCACAGCCCAUCCUGCAGGUCAGGGAACACAACCUGCACUUCGUCUCCAAGAUCCUGCUUUUCUCAGAGCCUGACUUCUUGGGGGACCACGUUGCCUUUGAGGAAGACCAGGAGGCCCUGCCCGAAGCCUUCACCCCACGCUCCUGCCGAGUCCGUGGGGGCAGCUGGAUCCUGUUUGACGGGCAGGACUUUGCUGGGGAGCAGCACGUGCUGUCUGAGGGCGAGUACCCCACGCUCGGCGCCAUGGGCUGCCUCUGCUCCACUGCCAUCCGCUCCUUGAAGAAAGUUCCACUGUUUUUCUCGGAACCCUCCAUCUUCCUGCACGGGCUGGAGUGUUUCGAGGGGAAGGAGAUCGAGCUCAACUCUGAAGUGAGGAGUCUCCAGGCCGAGGGUUUCAACAACCACGUGCUGUCGGUGCGGGUCAAAGGAGGGAUCUGGGUGCUGUGCGAGCACGGUGAUUUCCGAGGGCGGCAGUGGCUGCUGGACUGCACCGAGAUCACCAACUGGCUGACCUACAGCGGGCUGCAGCACGUGGGGUCCCUCUACCCCAUCCGCCAGAGACGGAUCUAUUUCCGCGUCAGGAGCAGGAAGCUGGAGCUCUUCCUCUCGGUCCCUGACGAUGUGGAGGACAUGAAGGCAGGGCGGGUGGUGGUCUCCAGCCCGAGCGAGCAGAGCAGCUCUGUCUGGUACUACGAGGAUGGGCUGAUCAAAAACCAGGUGGCCCCCACCAUGAGCCUGCAGGUCAUCGGGCCGGCGGGGAAGGGCGCCAAGGCCGUGCUCUGGUCCGAGACGCGGAUGCCGCGCCAGACCUGGCGCGUCGACUCUCAGGGACGGAUCCACAGCCAGAUGUUCGAGGACAUGGUCCUCGACGUCAAGGGCGGCCGAAGCUACGACCGGGACCACGCCGUCGUUUGGGACGUGGCUGAUGAAAGGCCCACGCAGAUCUGGGACAUCCAGGUGCUGUGAGAGGCAGAGAUGCCAUGGGGCAGGGUGGGGACACCCUGCCAGUGUCCCCACGCUGGGGCAGGAGGCUCGGACCCCACCCAUGCUGCACCCCAAGCACCUCUCUGCCCCAGCUGCUGGUGUGAAGGAUGAGCACCAACCUCUCCAUCACGGGGGGACCACCCCACCUCCCUCCUGAGAACUGAGCAGGGUCCACAAAGGAUCCCACAGACACGACCAGCGUGGGACCCUCUGGAGAGCAGCACAGCCCCUCCCCACAAGUGUUUCUUUCCCCUGAACUGUAUUUAUGUACGUGUGUAAGAUACAGCCCUGCUGCACAAACGCCCGUCUUUUACAUUGCCCCAGUACCCGUUCGGGCAGCAGGACAGACAGGAGGACACGAGGGACUUAGAGAUUAAGAUCGGCCCGGCGGGAAGGGACACUGAAGAAAGUGAAACCCCCUCAAUACUGCGGAGCGCCCAGAACACGACAGCUCCGCUCGGGGCUGCGGCCGCGCCUGACAGGAAGUCAACGCGGUGUUCUCAGAUUUUAUAUAAACU